AUGCUUGUAAAAACAUUGUCUCUCUUUGCACUUGGUUCAGUGACCUUGAACCUUGCUUAUGCUGCACCACUACUCCAACAACAACAAAGCCUUGAUGGUUCUAAACGAUUGAAGGCUCAAAAUACCCAGAAAUGCUUUGAACUCACGUAUCCUUUGAAUGGCACGGUCUGGAAUAUAGACGGUGACGACGGCCAUUCACACGAUAUCACCUGGAAGGUUGUUGGAGACUGUAGACCAGAAAAUUAUAUCAAUAUCAUUCCUGUGAUUCAAGACACCGAAGAUGGUUUGGUCAGUCUGGGGCUUGGAGACCCACAAUAUACCAGCCAAUUACUCGAUAUCCAGUCAGGCAGGGCACGCAUCAGUCUAGAUGAUCUGGAAGGAGAAGGAAGAUAUGUAUUUGUAAUUGGUCCAUUAUCAGAAGACUGGUCAGACUAUGCAGAUCUGGCAUAUACCCUGAAUAUCAUGUACCUGUAA